UAUAAAAGCCCCCUGUAUUGUACUCCAUGCACAAUUAAAUAUAUUCACAAAAGCAACGCAUCCCGCUGCCUCUAAUUAAUAUUUUUUUACCACCAAAUUUUGUUGUCAGCUGUUAUGGCCAAGGAGAACCAACCGCUGAUGGAUCUAGAGCAAGGAAUAAAGCUAACCGGUUUUACUAACGAUGAACCACCAGAGAUAGUCUUGGAUAAGAAGAAUGAAAUCGGAUCUGGUUAUGUAACUAAAUGGAGCGAAGGUUCACAUGAUCCAUGGGCUGCUCCUUACCACACUGCAACGCUAGAAGAAUUUGAAGAAUCACAAAAGCAAAAGGUGAUCGAGGAUCCAACCAUGCAGAAUGUAAACGGAACUGGUAACGUGGGUAAAUGGAGCGAAGGUUUUCGUGAUCCAUCGACUCCUAACCUCAAAAGACCUGAGAAAGCUAAGGUAAUAUCGGUCAAGACUAAACCGGUACCUGGCUCUGAACCCGACAUCUCUGGUUUAUGGCCUUCGUCGUUUAGCAAAGAGUAUUGUUGCAUCUAUAGAGUGCCUAACCGGUUACGAAGAGUGAACCCAGAGGCUUACACUCCUCAGAUGCUUUUACUGGGUCCACUCCAACAUUCUAAGAAAGCUGAAGCUCUUGAGCUUUCCAAAACCGAUUUAAGAUAUUUGGACUAUAUCAACAUGGAGCGUCACAAGAAGAAGUACCUUAUGGAAAUUGCAACAAGAUAUGGGACUGAAACCAUCAUAGAGUUCAGCAGAAUCAUUGAAAGAGAUGAACAUAUCAUAAGGGCAAGCUAUGCCGAAUCAACAGAGUGGAUCAAAUCUGCAGAGUUUGUGGAAAUGAUCCUAUGCGACGCUGUUUUCUUACUAGGGUUCUUCCUGCAAACCGGAACUCAAAAGUAUCAAAGGAACGAAGAUAUUCUAUUCGACGAGCCUUGUCUCAUUACCACUAUAUUAGAAGACCUAAUCUUGCUCGAGAACCAACUUCCUUAUGCUCUUUUAGAGGAUCUUUUUGAACCUUUUCUCUGUAAAUUUAGAUUUGAGGAAACGUUACGUGACAUUAUCCUUCGAGUGUUUAUGUUUGAAGGGAAGUUGAAAAAAGAAGUGAAGUUCAGACAUUUUACAGAUUUGUUUAGACGUGUCCGUGUGGCAACACUUCGUUUGCCUGAAGAACAAGCUGCUACAACUGAGGAACCGAAGAGCAUAAAGAGUCUAUAUAACGCAGACAAACUAGACAGUGCAGGAGUGGAUUUUGUGAAUGUGGGUGAAAAUAGUGAUUUAUCGUUGGUGAUUGUUUUCGAAGGAGGAGUGUUGACAAUGCCCUGUUUCACAGCCGAAGAUAACACCGAGAGGGUUAUGAGGAAUAUAAUGGCACUUGAGCAAUGUCAUUACACUCUUUCUGCUUAUGUUUGUAACUAUAUUGCCUUCUUGGAUUUCCUCAUCGACACUGAGGCAGACGUUGACUUGCUCGUCAAGAAAGAUGUUGUAAAGAAUUGGUUAGGGCAUCAAGGAUCGGUGGCAGAAAUGGUGAAUAAGCUGUGUUUAGGGCUUGUGGACUUUGGAUCUCACUAUGAGCCUAUAGCUGAAAGGCUCAAAAAUCAUUACAAUAGCCGUCUCCACAGAUCCGUAGCCACGCUCCGACGAGUCUACUUCAAAGAUCUUUGGACCGGAACUGCCACCGUUGCAGCCGUUGUUCUCCUGGUUUUGACUUUAAUCCAGACGGUGGCUUCUGUUCUCCAAGUGACCCAGAGCGACCCCAAGUCACCACCGCCUCCAGCUCCUCCCCGAGGACUGUAGAUUCUUUCUUGUAUACAAAGAAACAAACCUUGUAUUUUUUUUUAUUUUUCUUUUGAAGUAAAGGCUUUCAAUUUAA